UUAAUGAAUACUACAUCCUCUUUUGUAUUGAUUUUAAGGUGGUGGUCCUACGUUUUAAAAGUCUAAACUUCAAAUGAUCUAUAUUAAUUUGAAUUCGAUUUAAUCGGUAUGAUUGCAUAAAAGGAUAAUGUUUUAACGCACACCUUUAGGAUAAAAGUCAUAUUAAUUCCUGCGGCCAUGUCCAGUUAUCUUUUUUAAAUAUUAUAUCAUAUGAUUUAUUAAAUACAUUUAAAAUCAACAAUCCGUGGAGUAGUAACCAGAUUUAUUUUUUGAUAUACAAUGCUUCAUAAUUUCAAAAGCUAACAAUUAAUUGUGAAGUAAUUCCGAGUUCAGUUGAAGUUAAAGUCUUAGACGGAUUAGUGAAAUCCAAUAUUCUUUCAGUUACAGCAUAUAAUCCGUAAUAUGAGAUUUCAUAAAAAUAUACAUAACUUCAUAAAAUAUGGAUGACGAAGGUAGCAAUUGGCAAGAGAGAUGUGAAAGAUACUUUACUUCUCUAACGGAUAGUGAUAAACAGCGACAACGGGACAAGAAAAUGAAAGAAAAAAUGGAUAAAGACUGUUGGAAAUCUUUAGCUGAAAAGUCGGAUCAAAGUAAAAGAAAAAACUCAGUUCAGUAUUGGUUCCGUGCUUUAGAUAUUCAUGGAAUACAUUUUGCUGGUUCUGUUCGGAACAGUUUAGAAUGUGUUGUGUGGGUUUUGUUAACAGUAAUUGCAUGUGGCGCGCUUUCAUUUCUUCUUUAUUUGACCGUUAACAGUUAUUUGGACCAGAAUAAUCAUUUGGAGCUUAAAAUGUCAUCAACAUCUUAUAAAAAGCAUCCGGCUUCAAUUGUGUCUGUAUGUAAUUUGAAUUUAUUUAGAAAAUCCAGUCUAUCAGCAAAUCGAGGCAGAUUUUCAAAACUUCUAAAUGUUAGUUCAGGGGUUUUUAACCCUCAGCCCGUAUCGUCCACGGAGCAGCUUAUGAAAAACUCCGAUAUUUGGUCUAUAAUGAAAAACUCGUUAGGGUCUGGAGUCCUUGCAUAUACAUCACAGUUGGACCAAGAUUUUCUUCCAUUCUCAGGAAUGAUGACAUCCGAUGACUGGGGAAGUUUAUAUGGAGCUAGUAUGAAAUAUGGUUUUGGAGUAUGGGCAGAAGCUGUAAGACCCACGUUGUCGGAAUUUAAACUUAUAGGACACAAACCAUCUGAUAUGAUAGUAGAAUGUUUUACAGGCACCGGUGGACUUUGUCAACUGAGUGUAACAGAGGACACUCGAACAAACCUUGGGAACUGCGCUACCUUUAAUGUUUCUGAUAACAUAGAUACAUUAUCAUUGAUUUUGAACUCAGAACCAUCCGAGUCGAUACCAGUUCUCACUGCUAAUCAUGGCCUCAGUGUACAAGUAUAUUCUAGGGAUUCAUAUUCUCCUCGUAAAAACAAACAACAUAUUGUUUCUCCUGGAAAACAUCUGACAAUUGAAAACAAGAAGAUAACUUCAAUUACAAGAAAAAAAGACUGUGUCGAGUCGACAGGCAGCUCUGAUCAGCAAUGUGGAGAGAAUUGUAAGAAUAUCUUGACCUUGAAGUACUGUCAAUGUCAUACAGAUGGUACCCAGAACACACAGUGUCGUGUCAAUGAUAAAUUUGAAUAUGUUUGUUCCCGGGUAGUGGAAAAGCUCUUCAACAUGGAGUUAUUGGAUUGCAAAUGCAAGCCAGGAUGCAGCGAAAUAAGAUAUGAAACUGUAAGCUCAACAAUACCUUGGCCAUCCAGUCAACAUUUAGAACAUUUGGAAUCACUUCUUCAACACAAGAAUUUUAACAAAUCGACCAUUACUUCAUCUUUAUCUUAUGUAACAAUUAAUCUGGAACCUGAAGUAUUUGACGAAUUAAAGGAGGAACAGGUCAUAACGUUGUUAGACCUGUUGGCCAGAGUUGGUGGUUUAUCAGCCUUUGUUGUUGGUAUUUCUAUCCUUUCCAUAUUCCAGUGUUUUUGGCUACUUAUAAAGCUUUGUUUCCAUGCAGUUAUAUCAAGCAGGUCAGAUUCAGGAGGAGAGAUAGAAAAUCUUGCUAACUCAGAUAUAACAUCAAUAACAUGGCAAGCUUAUAAAGAUAAGAAUAACCAACAACAGAGACCGCAAAGAUUUGCAUUCCAGCAAGACUUGGGAAAUUGUCUCCAAAGAAAUGGUAGUCGACGGUCUUAUUUAGAGCCCAUUGAAGAGGAAAAAAAACGUGACUAUACAGGUGCCGAUCUAAAUCAUGAUCAUGUGAUGGAAGAUCAGUUAUUUUCACAUCCUUGGGAAAGGACAGGUCACCGUAGGCCUUAUAGCACUGUCAUAAAUUCAAACAAGACUACAGGAGGGGAAUUCCCGUUAUUUAACUAUGUGGACAAUAGGUCAAAUAGUCCCCUGCCAAGAUGUUCCACACCUGACAAUUCAGACUAUCGUAGUACUGCCAGACUUGUACCAGCUGAUGGAGAUGUUACUCUCUAUCCUCCAAAACAUAGAAUGUCACCCGGCGAUGCCAUAAAAUCAUUUGGGUCAUCCUCAGCAUCAAAAUAUCAGUAUAGUGGACCAUUCUAUUUGUAAAUAUCAUUUGUGCGACUUGUAUUGUAUAUGAUAUACUACAUGUUGCUGGCAUUAUACAAAUGUGGUAUUGGGUAAUGUAAUAUUUUAAAACCAAUGUGUCAUUGUGUUCUUUUUUUAACUACAUUUAAUUAUGAUGAACUGUUCCACUUAAAUAUGCAUUGUACACUUAGUCUUGGCAGUCAGUUUGACUAGAUAUCUGCCAAUAAAAGCAAUUGUAAUACCUGACAGUUCUUAACUGAAGGGUAUUUUUAACACAUAUCUAUAGUUUCAAAAUUACCUGAAUGGUAUUUUUAAUAAUAUCUAUAGUUUUAAAAUGCCUCCAAUAGUUGGCUGGUAUGUUUUUUAAAGGAACACCUAAUAUAAUUUUAUGCCAUUGAAGAUGUUUGAAUAUUGGUAUCACUAAAACAAUAAAGAUGAUAAGAUGUUUUCA